AUGCUGUAGCUGGGGUUUCCGUUGCGGGCUGCACUGAACGAUCCACCCACCCAUAAUUUCCAGUGCAACGAAAGGUGCUUCAGAGACUGGUCCACAGAGACAUGUCCCAGGGCUGGAAAGAGCUCUCCAUGAUCAGGCAGCGCUGCUGAAAGGUGCGAAGGCAGGGAGAAGGCCCCAGGCAGAAGCAAAGAGCCAGUCUCCAGCCCUGCAGAGUCUUGCGAACCAAGAGGCUGGCGGGAAGGCUGAGAAGUGGCUUCCGUGGGGCCACGAGAACGGCUGCGUUGCCCAGAUCCUGCUCCGGCACCUACUGGUGCCUCUGUGCCAGCCAUGAUCUGCUGUGCCCUGCGCUGGGCUCUGCUGGGUGCUGUGACCCUGGAGUUUCUGUACCAAGCCAGGACCUACUACAGCCAGGGGAGCUUCCCAAGUUUCUUCUACAGGGAUCCUGUCGGAGCUCGCCAGCCCAGAGCCGGACCCAUGACAGUGCAGACACCGGUGACCCCACUGGGCAGUAGGGCCCCCACCUCCACACUGCAGCUGUUCUUGGGGGACCUGUAUGGCCGGGACAAGACGUACCAGGGCUCGAGGUGCCCCAGUGGCAUCAGGAAGAGGAUCGCGGGCACCAAGUUCAGCAGCAUCUUCCUGGAGGCCAUUCCAGUGCUGCAGUGGGCCCAGCAUGCCUGGACAGCUGAGUAUCAACGCCUGCAGAGCUACGGGGGGGCCCACGGCUGGCAGGAUGUCGGCUGGCCUGUUGUGAGGGACACGCUGACCCGUCUCAACGCGUCGGCCAACGGGCGCAUGUUCGACGCCCGCCCCGGAGCUGCUGCAGGCGGCUCCCCCUGCGUCCGCUGCGCCGUGGUGGGCAACAGCGGCAUCCUGAACGGCUCCCGGGCAGGGGCUGCGAUUGACCAGCACGACUAUGUCUUCAGGACCAACGCGGCCCUCACCAAGGGCUUCGAAAGAGACGUGGGCCGCAGGACUUCCUUUUACAUCUUCUCCACUAACACCAUGAUGAACUCGCUGCAUAACUACGCCAGCAACGGUUUCCGCCAGUUGCCCCAGACUCCGGAAACCAAGUACAUCUUCCUCCCGGACCACGACCGAGAUUACCUGCUGCUCCAGGCAGCCCUGACUAAUCGCCCUGUCAACAGCGGCCCAGAUGAGGGUGCUCGGCCGGAGCGAUACUUUGGGAAAGACCUGCGGGCGGAGAAGUUUAAGAUGUUUCACCCAGAUUUUAUCCGCUACGUCAGGAACCGGUUCCUCCGCUCCAGCAUUUUGGACACCCCGCUGCGGAGGCUGUACCGUCCCUCCACCGGGGCAGUGAUGCUGUUGGCUGCCCUCCACACCUGCGAUGAGGUGAGCGCCUACGGGUUCAUUACCUCCAACUACACGGCCUACUCCGACCACUACUUUGACCGGACGCAAAAGGCCCUGCUGUUCUACGCCAACCACGACCUGUGGCUGGAGAUGGGGCUGUGGCAGAAGCUGCACCAGAGCCGGCUCAUCACGCUGUACACGAGAGGCUGAAGGUUGGGACCAUGCUGGGCCUGGACCCCUCUGCGGGGCAGAGCGAAGGGACUGACGCGCCAGCUUAGGCCGGCACCUGCCGGGUGGGGCACUGGAAACAAACUGUCUGUCAAGCGUGAAGCUGGGUCCUAGACCUCGGAGAAGGAAAAGCCCCAUUGGACUGUCCAGCCUGUCACCCCUAGUUGCUUGGGGAAGGGUCCUCCUGCACUGGGCAACGCUGCCCACAGCCGCCUGCCAGCCCCCAGCGGUUCCUGCCCAGAGCGGAGUCGUCACCUGACUGGCUGCCCUUGGAACAAAUCCAGGCUGCUGCUUUCUGGUGGGGGGAGGCGAAUGGGGCUGAAUGCAGCUGCGGGGGCUGCAUAGCUUGCAGAACAGCUCACGAGAAGGAGAGCCUUUCGCUGGGACUGAACUGGUGCCGUGAGCAGGCCUCUGGGCUGGAACGCUGCUUGCUGGGUCUCCAAGUGUCCCUCCCUGCGGCUGCUGCUGCUGAGAAUUGCCUACUACAGGAGAGUGCCUGGCCCCACCGGCAGGGAGCCCUGGCAUUCGAACUCCCUGGCCUGAAUAACCGGGGAAUGGGGGAGAUAGGGCUGUGCUAAGUCCCAUUACAAAGCAGGGUGACACCUCUGGCUCCUGGAUUGUCUGUCCCCAAAUUUCAGCCAGCAUUGGGACUUUGUCUAGCCUCUGGGGCCGCUCGAGGGGAGAGAUCCCAGCACUCCAGCAGCUGGGGUGUGGCAUGAGUCCCUGCUGCUAUACAGAGAGCGUCCCUCUUGGAGCCAGAACUCUGGAUGGCCAUUAGUCCUUUGUCUAACCAAUAGCCCCCCUUCUCCCCCAGCGAGCCCCAUCCUGAACCACCAAAGAAAGGUCCUCUACCCACUGUGACGAAGUGGGACUGUUCUUAAUGUUUCCUCUCAAUAGUGUGGGGGUGCCUCAGUUUCCCCUAGGCAGUUCUUAAGUAUAUAGGGGAUGGAGUAAGGGUGUAUGAUCAUUGCAGAGCCCUAGAGGGCAGGUGUGUGCAGGGGUCUGGACACAGGGAAUGGCCAACACCCUGUUUCCUGGCAACUGAUGGCCUGGCCCUUCCCCGCUGCAAGGUGAGAGCUAAAGGGUUGGAGAACAAAGAGAUCAGGUGCCCUCCUGGCCCGGGACAGGGACAAAGCCCAGAGGUGAAGGGGGCUGGAGGGAGUUUGUUUGAGGUUGGCUGGGGUCAUGGAGUGAAGUACAGACGUGGUUGUCUGGCUCACUGCCCCCCAAAAUGGACCCAGCUGAGGGGUCCGGUUCUCUACACCUACAAGCUCUGUGUUAGACCAUGUUCCUGUCGUCUAAUAAACCUCUGUUUUACUGGC